CGGAGAGCCGCGGUUGCUGCUCAACAUGUAAAUCUCUUCAAGUUGACCGACGGGGAGAGAGCAUCUUGACGCAGACCUGCUCCGGACACUGCGUCUGCUGGAAUAAGCUGAGAGCGGUGCUGCUGGAGGAGGAAGAGGAGGAGAAGGAAGAGGAGGAGGAGGGCUGUGCAUUGACAUGUUGAGUGCUGGGAGACUUGUGUGUGCAGUGGAGACCUAACCUGUGGGCUGAGUUUUAGAUGUUUUCCUUUUGCGUGGCUAUAUUUCAAUCCAAAUUUGUUUUGAGACGAUAACCGUCGCUUGGAUGUUGGUGAAAGGACGCGCAUGCGUUGCUCUUGGAAUAAUUUUGCAGGCUAAAAUUGCGUCUGAAAUCUUGUGUGAAAGUCGCGGGCGGGAUCAGAGUUAGUUAUGUGGACUCCUCUGGACCGCGGAGGUUUGGGGAUCUGCUGCCUGUCCCUCCUGGUGACUGCGGUGUGCGGCGCGCAGAGCGCCAAUGAACCCAGCAACAUGUCCUUUGUGAAGGCCACCGUGGACAAGCUGCUGAAGGGCUAUGACAUCCGACUGCGGCCUGACUUUGGAGGCGCCCCCGUGGAUGUGGGCAUGAGCAUAGACAUCGCCAGCAUUGACAUGGUGUCUGAAGUCAACAUGGACUAUACCAUCACCAUGUACUUCCAGCAGUCCUGGAGAGACAAGCGUCUAUCUUACACAGGCAUUCCUCUUAACCUCACCCUGGACAACCGAGUGGCCGACCAGCUGUGGGUCCCUGACACCUACUUCAUUAAUGACAAGAAGUCCUUUGUCCACGGGGUGACAGUGAAGAACCGAAUGAUCCGACUGCACCCCGAUGGAACUGUGCUCUACGGUCUCAGAAUCACCACGACAGCUGCCUGCAUGAUGGACCUGCGCAGAUACCCACUGGAUGAGCAGAACUGCACUUUGGAGAUAGAGAGCUAUGGAUACACCACUGACGACAUCGAGUUCUACUGGCAGGGAGGAACCACCGCAGGUUCUGUGACUGGGGUGGAGAACAUUGAACUACCCCAGUUCUCCAUCAUAGACUACCAGACCCUCUCCAAGAAGGUUGUGUUUGCCACAGGCUCAUAUCCACGUCUGUCCCUGAGUUUUAAGCUGAAGAGGAACAUUGGCUAUUUCAUCCUACAAACCUACAUGCCUUCCACCCUGAUCACCAUCCUGUCCUGGGUCUCCUUCUGGAUCAAUUAUGAUGCCUCAGCUGCCAGAGUGGCCCUGGGUAUAACCACGGUGCUGACCAUGACCACUAUCAAUACCCACCUAAGGGAGACGCUGCCGAAGAUCCCUUAUGUCAAGGCCAUUGACAUUUUUCUCAUGGGCUGCUUUGUCUUUGUCUUUCUGGCAUUGCUGGAGUAUGCCUUUGUCAACUACAUCUUCUUUGGCCGUGGUCCUCACUUGCAGAAGAAGGUAGAAGAAAAGGCUGCCAAAACCAACAAUGAGAAUAGGAGCAGAAUGGAGAGCAACAAAGUGCAGGUUGAUGCUCAUGGCAACAUCCUCCUGACCAACCUAACCAGUGAGAUGAGUGGAGCAGAUAUGAUGGGAGCUUUCCACGACCCUCGGGCUACCAUGUUCUCUUACGACAGUGCCAGCAUACAGUACCGUAAGCCCAUGACCAGCCGAGACCUGUACGGACGACCGGCCAUAGAUCGGCCAAUAGGCCAUAAGAAGGGCCGCUUGAGGAGAAGGGCCUCACAGCUCAAAGUCAAGAUCCCUGACCUAACGGAUGUCAAUGCCAUAGACAAGUGGUCCCGUGUUGUCUUCCCAAUCGCAUUCACCUUCUUCAACCUGGUCUACUGGCUUUACUAUGUUCAGUAGGGGGCAGGUGUGAGCCUGUGUGGCAACACCACUACUAGUGAAUUGUUAGAAAAGCUACCUAGGUCUUGUACAGCUAUGAAAAGAAUCCAUUUAUAUAAAUACUGUUUUGGAAAGAGUAGUACUGGGUGACUUUACAAUGUAAAUACAAUUUAAAACAGAGGUAUAAUAUAAAACAGAGAUAUAAUUUAUAAAAAACUACUAUCACUUUUAUUGUAGUCAUCCAAACAAAAUAGAUAGAUAUAAAUAUUAGACACAAUAGAGGUAUGGUAUUUCUAAGUCCAAAGUUGCCAAAAGACAUUGGUGACCCCAACAUUAUGGGUAAUGGUCUUUCAAUUCUUCUCUUUUUCUUACCUUCUUUUAUCUCACAUUUUGCAUGUGAAUGCAACACAACAUUUAAUUUGCUUAAAGGUGAAAAAAAAAAAUAACAAGAUAAAGAAGCCCAGUGCAAAAACAGUGGGUAACUUAAGAAGUGUUCACUUGAUUUUGUGAUUGAACCUCAGCCAGCUAUUAAAUAGAAGAUGUUUGGGUGAAUGCCAUCAUAAUAAGGUAAUCUUCAUUCGGUUUAAGCUCAGUACCCUGACUGGGGUAAUGUUUGUGGAGUUGAGGAUGUACCAUUGUGUUGAGAUCCUUCUCUGACAGCCAUUGACACCUAAUAAACAUGUUACCUUUG